GGGAGGCGCCGCCGCCGCCGCCGCGCUCGGGUGUCCCGGGUCCGGGCGGGGCGGUGCCGGCGCUGGCGGUGCCCCGGCGCGGGGUGAGCAUGGUGCCCUAGCGCUGGGGCUAUGUCGGAGGCGGCCCGCAGCCUCCUGCAGCGCUGGGGCGCCAGCUUCAGGAAGGGCACCGACUUCGACUCCUGGGGGCAGCUGGUGGAGGCCAUCGACGAGUACCAGAUAUUAGCAAGGCACCUACAAAAAGAGGCGCAGUCUCAGCACAACAACUCGGAAUUCACAGAAGAUCAAAAGAAAACCAUAGCUAAAAUUGCAACAUGCUUGGAACUGAGAAGUGCAGCUUUACAGUCCACCCAAUCACAGGAUGAGUUUAAGCUUGAGGAUCUGAAGAAGUUGGAACCAAUCCUAAAGAAUAUCCUCACUUACAAUAAGGAGUUCCCCUUUGAUGUUCAGCCUGUCCCACUCAGGAAGAUUUUAGCACCUGGAGAAGAGGAACACUUGGAGUUUGAGGAGGAUGAUGAGGAAGGAGGAGCUGGAGCAGGGUCUCCAAAUUCUUUUCCUGCUAGAGUUCCAGGUACUUUGUUACCCAGAUUGCCAUCUGAACCCGGGAUGACGUUACUCACUAUCAACAUAGAGAAAAUUGGUCUGAAAGAUGCUGGGCAGUGCAUUGAUCCUUACAUCACUGUCAGUGUAAAGGAUUUAAAUGGGAUAGAUCUGACUCCUGUGCAAGAUACUCCCGUGGCUUUGAGAAAGGAGGACACAUAUGUCCAUUUUAAUGUGGACAUCGAGAUUCAGAAACACAUUGAAAGACUAACAAAAGGUGCAGCUAUUUUCUUUGAAUUCAAACACUACAAGCCUAAGAAAAGGUUUACUAGCACCAAGUGCUUUGCUUUCAUGGAGAUGGAUGAAAUUAAACCUGGGGCAAUUGUUAUAGAACUGUACAAAAAACCCACUGACUUUAAAAGGAAGAAAUUGCAACUGUUGACCAAGAAACCACUUUACCUUCACCUCCAUCAAACACUGCACAAGGAAUGACCCUAGUUGUGAGACUUCUGUGAACUGAACCACAUGUCCUGGUAGCUGUGUGUAGUAGCCUUAGCCUCCGAGGGGCGGAAAGAUCCGACUGUAUUCAUGCCAGUAGGUCAGACGGGACCAUCACACACUGCACAGCACUACUUCAGGGUCAGGGGCAAGCCCACCAUGCAAGUGCAAGGUUUUUUUCAGUAACUUCCAGAUACAGGUUUUUUCCGAGAGCCCUGAAAUAUGUUGAUUGCUUUUCCUAAGUUUGCUGUUCAUCACUUUUUAUCUUAACCAUUACUAUCCUUUUGCCUCAACUUCCACCCGGGAAUGGAGACUGCCCCUCUGCCAAACCUGCAGCAAUAAAGAUGUGGCAGGCCUACUAACUGUUUACACUUGCUGUGCUAUUGUAGUUCCUCUCAUCUGCAUUUCAGAGUCCUCUGUAGUGGACAGGGUGGCAGAAGACUGGGAGAGAAGGAUGAGGUGGGGUGGGAAGGAGCUUGAGGUACUGCAGGUGCUUUGAAGUGAGAGAGGAGGUGGGCAGGUCAGGUGGGCGGCCACAGCACAGCUCCUCCAACAGCUGCUUGGCCGUGGUCAGGUCAGGAGAAGGACAGCUGCAGAUGAGAACACUGAACUAUGAUUUUAACAGCCGUGCCUGAUCCACUUGUACUGAUUUUUGGAUACAUGUUACAAUCCUUUAAAUCACUGUUACUCCCUAAUAGAGCUAUUUUUUUUCUGUAUCUUGUCAGAGAGUGGUUUGCAAAGGUGGGUGGGGGAUAGAGAGGCUGCUCCAGGGCUUUGUCCUGGUGGCAGUGGGUGUUUCGCCAUUGCAGUGACAGCAGGACAGGCCCCUCAGUGUUGAAAUGUUGAUUUUCCAGAGCUUUGUAUAAAGCAGAUCUGGCUAGCAGGCUGACCCACCUUUUACAUGAAACUGCUGUUCUUAUGGAAACUGAUUGUAUGCAGUUUUCUGCGUAUUUUGUGCAAGUCUGGAAACUUACUCUAAAAAUUACCUUUUUAUGUAAGUAGAUAGGAUUAUCAUUUAUUUUCUAUAUUUUUGAUUUGGUGUGUAAUAAGCUGCAGGACAUUGGCUUAUUAUGACACACUUGCAUUCAUCUUUUGACCUAAUAAAGGGACAGAAGUAGAACCCAGUCAAAUUUUUCAGAUAUAUUUGCGUGGAUAUUUAAUACGAUACUUUAAGGUUUGAUAAACUUCUUGCAUAUCUAACCUAGUGCCUGAAUACUCUGCUAUGCUAACUGAGGACCCAGCUCCCACAAUAGUGUCAAUUAUUUUAAACAGCCUGGAUGCAGGUGUAUCAUCCAUUCGUCUUCUCUGUCAUAUAACCCCAAGAUGUUACAUUAUGAGAUGUUACUUUUCCUCCUGCUACUUGUCUAUCUCCAGGCAGGUGUUCAGCAUUUUUGGCUUUACCUUACUGAUUAGGAUAAAAAGCUGGUUUUGAAUGUCCUAAUCUUCUUGCCUUUCUUCUGUUCUGGUAUAUCUAGAGAUGACAUUAUUUAGGUGUUAUGACUGAAGUCAGCAACACUUUCUCAGAUUCCACUGCUGGUUGGAGGGGGGAAAAAAAGGCCAAUUGAAUUGUCCUGUUUAUGGUUCUUUACAAUACUUCAAUGGUAUUACAGGUGAUAGGGUAAGUAUCAAGCCCUGAAAAGUUAUCCCUACAAGUCAUGGAAAUACCUCUGAGUGCAGCAUUCUGGAUACCAGACAAAAUGAGGAUACACACAUUCCUAAAAACCAACCAAACAUCAUCCUUUGAACUCUGCAAAAGGACGGAGCAAAGUGUUUGUUAAGUCUAUGGCUGCAAAUAACUCUGAGCUUGGGCAGUAGGUGUGUUACCUGUCAGUGGUCCCUGGCUGGCUCAGGACUUGCUCUGACUGAAGGAUCUGUGACACCGAGUGUCCCUGGAAGGCCUCUCUCACUCAGCAAGGGAGGGUUCUGGGGCUCUGUCCGGCUCUGCUCCUGUUCCUUGCACUCACCUGUGUGUGUCGAAGGUGCCUCCUCCUGGGGCAUCCAGAGGGCCAUUCCAUCCAGCUCUUAAGUUUUUCACGCUAGCUGGGACGGGCAAGGGAGGAGACACUAAACAUCACAAAGCCUUGUAUGAAGAAGGAAAGAGCCUGAACUUGGAGAACCCGACUUUCAAACAUGUAUGUCAUCAACGUGUGUGUCGGUGGCCACCAUGCCAAUUGAAAUCCUAUCCCCUGAACCACAAACCCGUCGUUUCUGCUGCUUACCUUGACCCUUCCCCAGCUUGUAGCUCUGUAUUAACGCCAGUUAUAAGAAAUGCCAACUUUGAAAUAUUUUUGUUAAAUACACAAGUAGAGCUUUGUAUUUAACUAAUUGUGAAUUAAUGUCUGUUGAGUGUGAAAUACCAUUUUUAAAGUUGCUUCUAUCCCCUGCAAUUUUCUGUGAUCUGUCUCUCACUGAAAGGACUGCUGCUGCCCACACCACAAGCUUUGGUAUUGUUUUAUGCUUCAGUGAUGUUCUAGCUUGUCUUUCAUCUUGAAUCUAAAGCUUUACACUUGUACUGUAAGAAUAUAACACCUAGAUGGCAAGUUUAAUGGCUGCUUGUACUCUGGCAGUAAAGCUGUAAUGGCCUUCCCAGUAGGGUUUUUU